AUGCCAGUUAGCCCUCCCGAUGUUGCACCUACACCAUCUCCACCUCCAAGUAAAGCUAGACCAUCUUCAUCUCAUGUUAAUGCACCUGGACCAUCUCUGGUACCUGCAUCCCCACCAUCUCCAUCCUCCGUUGAUGCACGUGGACCAUCCCUAGUACCUACAUCCACACCUUCCUCAUCUCCGCCUAUGGGCAAUUUUCCAAUAGAUGAACAUGCUGCAAAUUUGGCAAUGGAAGACCCCGCUCUUAAUAAUCGUCCUAUGAGAAAAUUGGUCUGGAGACCCGAGGAAGAGAAUGAAAUACAAAAAGCUUUUAACUCGAAAACUUCUCACAUACUUUCUAAGAUGUUUAGGGAUGCCCGAAAUGAAAAUAAAAGGCCAUAUUGGAUUGGAGAUCGUGUUUGGAAUGAUCUGUUAUCACAUUGGAAUGCACCUGAGUAUCGCUCCAAGUGUGCUCAGGCAAAAAAAAAUCGAGCAUCUGAAAAGGGUGGGUGUAUGCACACAGGUCGUUCUAUCAGCUUGCAGGAUCAUGCCAUUCGCUUGUCAGAGGAGCUUGGUCGAUUUGUAUAUGUAGAUGAGGUCUUUCAACAAACUCAUUUACGAAAGGAUACUGAAGAAUUUGAGGCUAGACUAUCUCAAGCUAGGUCUGAUGCUGCAUCAAGUAUUGGUGAAUCCCAACUCACUCCCUUAGACCCUGCUGAAGAACAAAGACUUAGGAGUCGGUGUUGGGUUGCAGCGGCAAGACCAAAGUGUAAGGGACGCCUUUAUGGUAUUGGAGACCUUGCUCAUACUUACAAAUGCGGAAGUGACAGGUUCAUGCAACAUACACAAGGAUCUUUUGGUCACGCUGAAGAUGCUGCAGAGAUUAACCGCCUGAGGGAGGAGCUGCGUCAAUCAAAAGAGGAGAUGCAUGUUUUUCAGUCAGUAGUCCUUCAGUUCCUACCUCCAGAGGUGUGGAACAUUAUUAAUCAACAACAACAAACUCACCAACAACAUCAGGACCAUCACCAGGACCAGGCAGAUGACCAGCAGACAGAUGAUCAGUAG